AAAAUCAUACGUUAGUUGUCAGUUAAAAAAUAAAUCAAAUUUGUCGACGAUGAAGGAGAGCGAGGUGGCAACCUCACUCUAUUCGACUAGUUUCUAAAAUUCCUCUAAACAAAAAUCCUCCAGAAAGUUGUUUUUGUAUAAACUCACUGAAUUUAUCUACUGAAGUAUGAAAUGAAAUUGAAAUGUAAAAAGCUACAAUUAAAGAUAUAAGCGCGACCGUCGUACAGCACGGACGUGCCUUUGAGUCAUUUUAAGUCUCAACUCGAUUUAAUUAUAGAAUUUCGUACAUUUGUACCUCUUUAUUUGAAGUCAUUAAAUAUUUUAUCCAAAGAAAAUCUAACUCUUUUAUUCCUCGUUCCGACCGAAAUCUCCCUUUAAUAUAGCGGCGCUAUAUUAAACAUGGUCCUUACGCCGUCAAGUAAAAAAAAAGAAUCGGCAUAAAAGUAAAAGCGAUGUUAUCGUACAUAACGAGCCAGUCGAAGAAACUAAAUAAAAACGCGGUUAUUACAUGAAAUUACGUACAAAAAUCAAGACAAUCGAACUGAAAAAAAAAAUUGUGUAAAAGAAGAACUUUUAAAUUGUGGAAGACACUUGUGAAUUUAUAAAAACAUAUAAAAAAAUAAAAAAAUCUCCAAAACGAAGUGAAAAACACAUGUUCAUGUGAUAAACUGAAAAUUACCACUUAAGGGAAAACGCUUUAACUCAAAUACAAAAGUAUUAUUAAAAUUUGAACAAAUAUUACAGACUAAAACGCGAAUAUAAGUAAAAAUAAAAUUUAUUAAAAGAUUCUAGAACCAAAGAAUCAAAAACCCAAAACUAAAAAGAAGCGGACUAGAAGAGAGAAGACGUGAACCCCGGAGUACGUGGAAGUGGAGCUUCAGGAACUUUGCAGCCAGCUUAGAGCAAACACAUUCCCAAGGAGAAGACUCUGCCCAAACACUUACUCGGAAAAUAAAAUAUUUGGUAACUGUAAAGAAAAUGGCACAAACCCCGGAUGUAUAUCAGUGUCAACUGUGCUGCCGUUUUCAUGCUCUGCAAACCUGCGCUUGUUUUCGAGAGAUGAGUGUGGCCGAUCGCAUAGAAGCUGUCCGCGUUCAUAAAUAUUGCAUGAACUGUUUGGCCCGAUCCCACAAGACCGGUGCAUGCCCAUCUCGGAAUAGCUGCAGAAUAUGUAAAUUAGGACACCACACGCUUCUUCACCGCCCAACUGCCAAUUCCACUGGGGAACGCAAACCUGCUCAACAUGCUGUGGGACGCAGAUCGAAACGCGAGACAGAACGCCGCUCUACGGCAAUGAAGACAUCGAAGUCGAAGUCACUUACGGCCCGCUUUAAACCGCGGAAUUGUCCGUGUGGACGCCUUUUGUUAUCAAGGAAACCCAAUGCCGUUUCGCGUAUCGACAGCUAGACAGCCUACUAAAUGUUGCACCCGUGCAAGGGCGGCGGCAUGUCGACGAUGAAGGAGAGCGAGGUGGCAACCUCACUCUAUUCGACUAGUUUCUAAAAUUCCUCUAAACAAAAAUCCUCCAGAAAGUUGUUUUUGUAUAAACUCACUGAAUUUAUCUACUGAAGUAUGAAAUGAAAUUGAAAUGUAAAAAGCUACAAUUAAAGAUAUAAGCGCGACCGUCGUACAGCACGGACGUGCCUUUGAGUCAUUUUAAGUCUCAACUCGAUUUAAUUAUAGAAUUUCGUACAUUUGUACCUCUUUAUUUAAAGUCAUUAAAUAUUUUA